CACCCCUUGGAUGGCAAUAUUUUUCCGGUCUUGUCAGCGGAACAUACUCCAUUUAUCCAGAAAUUAUCCAGGAACAAUUCGACAAUUCUCGAGGAUGGGUGAUCCAAGACUAGAAGCAGUGGAGGCUGUUCAGAUCGACGAGGGCAGAUUCAAGUACAUCCUCAUUAAGGUGUACGGAAAGCAGCUAGCAGAUGGAUCUGAGCCUAAUAAGCUAAUCGUCAGAGGAUUUGGGAGGUGUGGCUACCACUCUGAUAUUUUGGAUGAGGUAAUGGCAUCCCUUCAACCCCUUGGAUUGGACACCGAAUGCCUGGGUGGAGGAAAAAUUGAGCAUAGGCCGGAUUUGAAGCAUAUCCGAAUUUUCAGCUAUUCCCAGGGCUUUGGUAAGGCAGAUCAUUACAAAGCAAAAGAAUUACUUCUCACCAAGUAUGCUGACUACAAAAUUGAGGUGUCGGACAGCACUGAAUACUGAAGAAGGUUUAUAUUUAUAUCUUCUGUGUGUUUUCUUACGCCAUUAAUGAAGACCACGUGUGAGAGUAAUCUCAAUUAAAUUUGUAGGAGAUC